AUGUCGCGCUACGACAACUAUGAGACGCCGUUGGCGUCGCGCUAUGCCAAAAAGGAGCUUGGCAUCGACAAGAUCACCGAUGAGAUGAUCGAGCAGAUGAAGGCGAAGGUGGUCGUGAGCGACGAAGCAUUCGACGUUGCUCGGGCUGAGGAGAAGCUGAGACGCCAUGAUGUGAUGGCACAUGUCCAUGCAGUAACCGACAAUACGGAGUUGAUAUUCAUGCGUGAUGCCCUGGACCUGAUCCUCCCGAAGCUGGCAAAGGUGAUCCAUAAUCUCAAGGAGUUCGCCCUCAAGUACAAAGAUCUCCCGACUCUCGGCUUCACACAUGCGCAGCCAGCCCAAUGCAUUUCUGUGGGAAAGCGAGCUGCCCAGUGGAUUCAGGAACUCGUCAUGGAUCUGGAGGACAUUGAGCAUGUCCGUGCUGGACUUAAAUUUAGAGGAGCUCAGGGCACGACGGGAACACAAGCCUCCUUCAUGGAGAUCUUCAACAAUGAUUCGCCUAAGAUUGACAAGCUCAACGAGAUUCUCUGCGAGAAGGCUGGGUUCCCUGGUUGCUAUGAUAUUUCCACCCAGACAUACACCCGAAAGGUCGACUUAAGGGUGGCGAAUGCGUUGUGCUCUUUUGGUGCAACUGCUCAGCGCAUUGCCUGCGACAUCCGCCACCUUGCGCACAUGAAGGAGAUCGAGGAACCAUUUGAGGCUACUCAAAUCGGAAGUUCCGCAAUGGCCUACAAACGGAACCCAAUGCGCAGUGAGCGCAUCACCAGUCUAGGCCGCAAGCUGGCGAGCCUUAACGUCAAUUUCUCCAACACCUUUGUCAACCAGUGGUUCGAAAGGACGCUCGACGACAGCGCGAUUCGCCGCAUCGAUAUUCCCGAGAUGUUCCUGCUGACUGAUGCCAUCCUGAUUAGUCUUGACAAUGUCACGAACGGCCUGGUUGUCUACCCAGCCACGAUCCGCGCCCACCUGAUGCAGGAGCUGCCUUUCAUGGCCACGGAGAACAUCAUCAUGAAGAUGGUCAGCAAGGGCGCCUCUCGACAGGAGGCCCACGAGCAGAUCCGCGUGCUAUCGCACCAGGCCAGCUAUGCCGUCAAGAUGGAGGGCAAGCCAAAUGAUCUGAUCGAGCGGAUCAAGAAGACAGAGUACUUCAAGCCCGUGUGGUCAGAGAUCGACGCUAUGCUCGACCCGAAGCUGUUCAUUGGCCGGUCGGCUGAGAUUGUGGAGCGAUACUGCGGCCAGGGCGGAGUGGUCGAGCAGAAGCUGGCCAAGUACAUGGACUACAUCAAGUCCAGCGCGACGGCUGAGUUGUCCGUUUGA